AUGAGCCACGCGGACGAGACAGCAGCAGCGCGCCGCCAACGCAAAGCGCGCACUCGAGCCACGGCGGCCUGCUCGACCUGCCGCGGCCGGCGCACUCGCUGCGACAACCAGCGGCCGUCGUGCGGGUUCUGUCGCAACAAUGGCCUCGAUUGCCACUAUGACCAGACGCCGCAGCAGCCUCCGUCUCGGGUGGAGGUCGAACUGGCCGCCAUCAAACAGCGCCUCGACGACAUCACCACUCGCCUCCCGCCGCCGGCAACAAUCCACCACGCCCCGCCCUCGCAAGACUUCACGCCCAACAGCGGUCACCAUGCUGGCCAUCACGUGCCCAUCACCGAGGAGGAGAAAUCUCCCUUCCAGCUCCUCGGCAUCGAACGGACGAUGACCAGUCUGGGCCUCGAGCCAGGCUUUGCGGAGGCACUGCUCCAGCUGGAGAGAAGUCCUCCCGUCCAUGCCUCUGCUCAGACUUCCAGGAUGAGGAUCAUGCAGCAGCAGACAGUACUGGAUGCCCUGGCUGCCUUCUCGGCGCACAUCCAUCCCUUCUACUCCGUCUUCCGCCCAGGCUUCUCUCAGCGCCAUCUCCAGGUCAUGUCCGGCCCUUUGAGCCCAUCCUGCGAGUCGUUUCUGAGUCUAGUGGUGACAGCGGUAGGUGUCGCGGCAUCCCAGGACUUCGCCUUCGGUUCGGCAACCAGCGACGCUUCGGCCGUCAAUUUCGUCGAUGCCGCCAUGUCGUCCUUGCCAGACGUGGUGGUCGACAGUGGCCUCAUUAGCGUGCAAUGUCUACUUCUGCUGAGUAUCUACUACUGUUGCACGCUUCAACCCUGUCGUGCGUACGAUUACGUGGUGAUUGCUUCCCUCAAGGUACAGAACUUGAUGAAGAGCCAAGCUUCCCAAGACGACGAGCUCGCAGAGCAGGUACGGAGGGCAUUCUGGGCGCUGCUGUUGUUGGAGUGCGAGUUGCGGGCGCAAUUUGACCGCGUCGGAAGUCGAAUCCAGUACCAAGACGACGAUGUCGCGCUGCCGGACGGGCGACGUCCGUGGCAUUUGGAGACGGAAGUGGGCUCACCACAGGAGUCCAUCUCGCCGACCAUGAGCAUGCAUUCGAUGGCCAGCAAUGAACUGGACACAACGCAGUCAUACUUCCUGGCCGAGAUCGCAAUGAGACGGAUGCUCAAUAGAUGCAACACUGCCAUCCGCCGAACAUCCGACGGCCACAUCGUCUACGCUCCCGCCAUCGCCGUGGAGCUAGAACUGCAACUCGACAACUGGUACACCUGCCUCCCGCCUGCCAUCCGCUUCGACUACCACCAAGACCUCGACUUCGACCUGCUCACCUCGCCCAGCCUCUACCCACGCACCGACAACCUGGGCAACUUCCUCCGUGUCCAGUACUACUGCUGCAAGAUCUCCAUCUACUGGCCCGCCGCGUACCAAUGCAUCCAAGACGGUAUCGUCACCCUCGAGCUCCUGCAGCACUGCGAGCGCUUCUUCAACGCCUACAUCCAGCUCAUGCCGUCCAUUCUCAUGGCGGUGCGGGAGUGCAUGGUGCAUCGCUGGACGUUGUAUGCCAGCAUAUUCAUGACUUCGAUGGCGGUGCUUAAGGCGGCUUCGACGGUCGGGAUCAGGCAGGGCUGCGCCAUCGACUGGUCUCGUCUGGUGCAUUGUUUGCAGUCUACGCAGAGAGUUGACCAAAGAAUUGCGAAGGGCAGUGGAUCGCUUUCACUGCUGAGCGAGACUCUGUCAGAGCGCUUGCGGGACUUUUUGGAGACCCAUGCAGAAGGCGUCGAUGGAUAUGUUUGA